CAAUAUGUUGGUUAUUCCCGAACGAAAGUGAAAUCGUGGGAUGAAAGUGGCAGCGAGAAAAGUUCUACGAAGCUCUUAACUUUGAGAAAAUGACUCGAGAAGACAACUUGUUUAGAAGUCUGCAUGACUGAAGACGGGGGAACAGCUGAUGUUCACUUGAAUAAUACUAUAGCCAGAAAUAAGCUUUGAAGAAACUUCCCGAAGCAAGAUGCCUGUGGAAGCACCUAUGGAUGUCACAGAUGUUGUGUUUGUGGUCGAAGUCACAUCAAACUUCAAGCCUCACUUUGAUGACAUGAAAUCUAUGUAUAUCAAGCCCAUCCUUGAGCACUUCACAGAUAGCCCCCUUAUUAAUUCGACCAUCAAUUGGUUUGGUGCAGCGAACCUACCAACUUUAUUCACCCUCAUUGAAUACAAUAAUCAGUAUGGUAUUCAAGGCAACCAAGUCAAGUUUCAUGAACCAACGCACGAUGCUUAUAAAUUCAUGAAAACUGUCAAAGGGAUAACAUUCAUGUCGCAAGAUUCACAGAUAUGUAGCAUGCUUGGAGAGGGGCUUGCCACAGCACUACAGGUGUUCGAGGGUCUGCACGAGUAUCGCAAAGGAGAAAGGAGCAGCAAAGUUGAACGUCACUGUAUUGUGCUGACUUGCUCCCAGCCGUAUCAAAUACCAAGCCAAACUAGCCUUAGUUAUCACGGCUUUUAUCCUGAGCAACUCGCAGAAAUGAUGUCCAAGAAAGGAAUCAACUUGUCAGUAAUUUCACCAAGAAGCAUGCCAGAACUACAGAAUCUUUACAACAAGGGCUACUCAACGGAAGUCAACAUGCAAGCUAACAAAAUGAAUGCAAAGAAACCCCACCACAUGGUUCUUUUAAGGGGGUUUACCUUAAAGGAAAAGGUGAUGCAACAAGCACAAGUUCAGGCAACUCAACAACAACAGCAACAACAGGUUCCACAACAACAACCGCAACAGCAACCUCAGCAGCCACAACAACGUUCACAACAAACACAACAGCAACAAUUUCAAAUACAACAGCAACAACAACAACAACAACAGCAGCAACAACAACAACAACAACAACAGAAGGCACAUAUGUCCCAGCAACAGCAACAGCAACAGCAGCAACAACAGCAACAAGUCCAAUUACAAACACAGCAACUUCAGCAGCAACAGCAACAACUGCUUCAACAACAACAGCUACAAAAGCAGGCUCAACUUCAACAGCAAAAUGUCAACGCGCACAAUACUGAGCAGAUGCAGACAACACAGGUCCAGCCGCAACCAACAACUACACUUGGACAGCGAAGAGUUGCGUGGACUGGCGAGCUAAUGUGGAAAGAUACCCAAACAACCAAUUCUGAAACGAAAACAGAACGAAAAAUGUCCUGUAACAUCACCGUCGCACAGGAUGAUACACUGGACACAUCUGAAUGGCCUAAAAAGCUCAUAAUGAACCUGGUUCCACAAGACUGGCUGGCGAACCUGAGCACUUUGUUGCGAGAAUCAAAGACCGUCUACUUUCAUUUUUCUGACAUCAGCGACCAAGCUAGCCUGCAAGCAAUGUACAGAGUGAUGGCACCCGACCCCGCCAACAGGAACAGUCAUAAGUUGGCUGGCUGUAUCUUCCUGCAAAAUGGUGCCAGUGCAGCUGCUAAUUCUUCGCCCCAAGUUUUAUUGCUCAUUUUCAAUCCAAAACGAAAGGCCUUUGUUGGAGUGAUACCAAAAGAUCAGACCACAUUCGUUGCUUCCCUCAAGAAAACUAUUAAUGACUUCAAGAUGAAGACGAAGCAGCUUCCAAAAUUUGUCCUUGGGCAAGCCUCUCAUAUGGUGCAGCCAGCAACAACAGCAACGACCGUGAACCAGCAAAUGCGCCAGGUUGGUGCCACGACAAUCCAAGGGGCGACAAUAGCUACCUCAGCUACUCAGCUACCAACCCAAACCAUGGCACUUCAAACGGCGAGACUGGUGAACUUCUCUCAAGACCCGGGCUCAGUAACAAACACUCAACAACAGAUUAAUUUCAGUCGUAAUCAACAGCUACAGGUCGAGAACCCAAGCGCUGUUCUGAGACAGCUACUGAGCAAUCGAACCGUCAUGCAACAACAGCAGCAACAACAACAGCAGCAGCAGCAACAGCAACAACUGACUGCACAGCAACAGCAGCAGCAGCAACAACUGACGGCACAGCAACAAUGGCAGCAGCAACAACGACUUCAACUAAUGCUUCAGCAACAACAGCAGCAGCGACAAUCUGCCUCGCUUGCUUUAGUUAACGUUGCCGCUGCCCAGCAACAGCAAAAACAGCAACUACAACAACAGCAGCUCCAACAACAGCAACAGCAGCAACAGCAAAUACAACAGUUGCAAGUGAUACAAGAUGAUCCAGGGACAUUCCUGGAAUUUCUGUCGCAGUGAUGAUUUUCAUUUGAGUAUUGUCCAAACUAGAGAAUUCUUUUCCAGUUAUUUUUUUGAGGUCGGGGCUUUAGACUGGAGUAGAAAUACAUUUAUUCAGUUAUAGUUCCCUUGUAUCGGGCCUAUCCAACAGCUAACAGGGAGUGGGGGGGGGGGAGUGGUCAAGUUUGUGAGUGGCACCUACUAUUACACACUGUUUCCUCAGCCAAAACAACUCAUUUGUCAUUUAAUGCAAAAUAAGACCCUAGUUUUUCAAUAACAAAUGGCAGUUCUCAAUAUGACUGCUUUAGCAAAUGAGAGGAUCCUGAAGUGGGUAGGUUUGUAUCUUUGAUUUUUAAUCCGACCAAUGGUUGGAAUAUGUUGUGGCUAAAUGAAGAACAGUAUUGUAUAACUGACGCCGUUUCUAAAGAAAAUUAAGGAGGCGAUACUUGCAUCUCAAAUUUUGAUCACUUUGUAAGAGGGUGAAUUUCCCGUUCCCAUUCCCGUUCUUCAUCAUUAGAAUGGGGUAUGGUAUUAGUUUAUUGUAGCGAUGUUGAAUAUAUGUUAUGCAAAAGAGGAAGGGCCUAGACAUUUUUAAGGGUGCAUUGCCUUUCAACCCACUCCUGCAAAAGGUAUUAUAAGUGUGUUUCUGAUACAGCUACGUUUUCUGGGUUUGCUUGGCUUUGUCAGGGACCGCGGAAGCAGGGGGUGCUGAUGGGGUUUUGGCCCUGUCAAAAAUGUCUAAAAUUUACUUAAAACCACACAAAAAAAUACUUUGCUCUUGGUUUAUAAGAAGUUUGGCCCUCAUAAAACGUUUACGCCCCCUCCAUCUGUAAUAUGCUCCGCGUUGUCGAGACUUAAGUGUGGAUAAAUAUUUCCCUUUUAAAUGGAGGAAGUUUUCAAUUCUCUCUCUGAAUUGUAUUUCCAUUAUUUGUGAAGAACACGCAGGCUAGGUCACUGUUAAAAUUAGUUUUAGCAGUCGGGCAACCAUGAAAAGUUUUAUCGAAAAAGAGUUAGAUAUUGGCAGCGUAUUUGGCCCUAAGAAUGUGAAUUUUGGUGGUACAUUUAAGGAAAAUAUCUUUGUUAUUAGGCUUUUUCUUUUUUGCAAUUUUUCGUAUCUUGUGUGCCGUGGAGCUGGUAUAGAAUCAUCAACAUAAUUUUAAUAUUUGCAUUUAAACGCUAAUUUGAAAUUAGUAUUGUGGGUAUUGUGGGUAUCAAGUACACCAUCUUCCUGUUAAUUUAGGUAUAACAUAGAGAAGAAGAAAGGCAUGAAAAUUACAGUCAUCGAUUUAUUGUAUCAUCAAGAUAAACCUUGCCUGUUUAAGCCCUUGGCUAAUUGAACUUUCGAUUGAGCAGCAUCCAACAUGCUUGCGCAGUGAAAUAUUGUGUUCUUUUGGCCAUAUCCAAAUACACAAUGCCGAAAAUCAUCGAGCAAAACGUUAUACUUGAUGCUGCUCAAGCAAAUGCUCAAUGCGCUCUUUCAAGGCUUAAGGAGACUCCUGGGGUAGUUCGUCGACUUUCUGCCAUGUCGGUGAUCUUGCAAUGAUACAUUCAACCAGGCAGUGUAUUUUCUGUUCAAAUAACCAGAAACCCUAGUCGGCCCUUUGUGGAAUACUCACGUAAUUAUAUGUUAGCGUCCUGGGCUUGGUUCCUGCUCCAAAGAACAAAAGAUUAUAUCGUCGUCUAUUCAAAGAUUUUAUUUUGAAGGCUCCUAUCGUUCUUAUCAGAUAUCACCCAUUCUAUUCAAGAGGCUGUAGUGCCUAUUGAGACGGGGGCAAUUGCCAUAUUUUGGCAAUAGCAACCUUGAAGUACUCCUUCUUUAUGUGCAUCUAAAGAGCCUCUGUUGCAUCCCCCUAUCCAGCCAGGAAAUUUUCUCUCCUACUGCCCCAAUUAUACCUACACAAAUGCCCUCUAUGAUGGAGGUACGUAUAAGUGCAACUAAUAUUUGUCAUUUUUGUGGUAGAAUAGUGUUUAUGUUAAAGCCUGUAGAGGUGAAAGUAUUACAGUAUUUAUUGUGCGUGUCUUUUUAAUGUAUUGUCAGACGUCGAGGUAGUAGCAAUUUCAAUAACGUAUUCAAUCUUUAUAUGUCAGUAGCUACAAUUUCAUCUUCAA